AUGAGCUCCCCAAUCUCAUCAUCGGGCUUCUCGACACCAUCUUCCUUCGCCGGCGGCCUCCCGAUGGCCCGGCGCACCAUGCAGCGAUCGGCCUACUACUUUGCGUACGGCUCCAACCUGUCACCGACGCAGAUGGAGCAGCGCUGCCCGGGAAGCAUCGCCAAGGGCCUCGCGCUUCUGCCAGACUGGAGCUUCAUCGUCAACGAGCGUGGCUUCGCCAACGUGAUGCCCACGGGUGCGCUCGCUCACGAGGUCGAUAUGAUGCGUCGCAAGGGGACCCUGUCGCCCGUCGCCGAGUCUCUCGACAUCGGUGCCGAGGAAGGUGUGUGGGGCGUCCUGUACCACCUGUGCCCCGAGGAUGAAAAGAUGCUGGACAUCACCGAGGGUGCGGGCUUUGCGUGCAUCAAGUACUAUGCCGACGUCGAGGUGCUCCUGCCGGCCCGCCCGAGAUCGGCCGCCUCGUCAUCGACGUCGUCAAGCCAGAACGAGUCGGAAGCCGAAGCUCGUAGUUACAUGGUCCCCGCGCUCAUCUACGUCGACCGCCAUCGUGUCAAGCCCAGCAUGCCCAGGGAGGACUAUGUCGCAAGGAUGAAUCGCGGCAUCGAAGAGGCGCAGGCUAGGUAUGGCUUGCCCGAGGGUUAUGUCCAAAGGGCCAUUAGACCCUUUAUUCCUUCGCGUUAA